AAUAAUUGUAAUAACAAAAUAAAAUAUCCCCACCAUCACAAAAUUUUUAAUUAAAUAAAUAAAAAUAUUUUGAAAUGGUUGGUUCUUAUAAUUCAGACAACACAAAUAAUAAUGAAGGUGACAAUGAUAAUAAUAAUAAUAACAAGUAUAUUAAUAAUAACAAAGACUAUGAAUUAUAUUUAAACGAUUUUGAAAAAUUUAAAGAAAAUUUAUUAAAAGAUGGGUGGGAAGAUUUCGAAUUCCUGGGGAAAGGUAGCUAUGGUAUUGUCAUUAAAGCAAAAAAGAAAGAUGGUCAAAUUAAUGGUAUUGAUAUAAGAAAUAAAUAUUGUGUAAUUAAAAAGAAACUGAAAAAUAAAAAGCUUAUAUUUGAUAGCGAAUCACAAAUUUUAAUAAAUAUUUUAGAUUUCAAAAACGACUAUAACUAUACAAAUGGAGAAAAUUUAUUAUUGAGAUAUUAUUACCACGAAGUCAAAAUAGAGGAUGAACAAGAGUAUUUUUAUAUUUAUACAGAGUUUUUUAAUGGCAAAUCGUUACAUAGGCAUGUCAAAGAAAAGCAAAGAAUCGACGACCAAGAUAUAGUGAAUAUAACAUGGAGACUGUUAGUAGCCCUUCAUAUUCUUCAUUGUAACCAAAUUAUGCAUAGAGAUAUUAGCCCAAACAAUAUACUAGUUAGUGAUGAUUUCAAAGAUAUUAAACUAAUUGAUUUUGGCAGUUCAUCUCACAUUAUAUCAAGUUCAAAGAGUCUAUGUGCAGUUGGUCGAGUUGGUACAUUGGGUUUUAUAGCACCAGAAAUUAUAUUUGAAAACAAUUAUGUUGGUAGAAAAUCAGAUAUAUGGAGUGUUGGUACAAUUGUAUUAUAUAUGCUG